AUGUCAGAUACCUUCGUGUUAAGUGGGAUUAUCGAAGGCGGGCCAGAUGCGGAGUUUGGGGAUGAGAACCGCAAGAAGCUGUUGAAUGAGCUUGCUGAGCUGAGUACGCGGUAUUCAGAUGCCCCAAGCACAACAUGGGCAUUUCUUUGGGUUUGCCAUAUCGACAAACUUCAGGAUAUUAUCAAUGAAUUGAAGCGCGGCGAUCCUUCUAGCCCAAAGUAUAUGACUAUCAGGUCUUUCUUUUCCCCGUUUCUAUGGGAAAAUGUUGUGUCAAAGUGGCUUUCUAAAUCUACAACAUCAUUACCGUCCUCCUACAACACAACUCCAUUGACUGGCAGCGAGCAAAAGGGAUGCAAGCGGAAUCAAGGCGGCAGUCCUUUCCAAAGUUCAUCGCCCUCAGAGCGCCGAUGCCCUGCCGCCCCUAUUGCCGCUGUUUCCCCCACUGUCACACCCACUGGUACACCCGCUGUUGCCCCCAGCACGCCUCGCACGCCUCGCACGCCCGGAACACCAGGUUCUCAAUCCAAACGAAAUCGAAAACUAGCGGAAAAAGAGGAAACAGGAACUGAGUCCAUUACAAAUAUCUUAACCAUGAGGGAGGAUGUGCAUAGUGCAUUUGACAAAGCCUUGUUUGCUCUGAAACCUGUCAGUGUAUCAACUGAUGGUUUGUCUAUGUGCCUACAAUUUUUCUGGCUAGAGCGGCGGAAGCAGCCACUAGACUUUGUCUCUCUACUCGAGAAACCUUGUUUGCCAGCAGACAAGCCUGAAGGCCAGGAUGGCUUUAAGUUUUUCCACCAUCGCACUAACAAGCCCAUCAACUCCGGUGAUUAUAUUGUUCUGAAAACAGACAAUCCAACUGUUUAUCCUCUUCCUAGUCUUCCAUUGCUUAAAAUGCAGUGGCAUCUUAACAGAAUUGCCGCAAUGUGUGCUGGUGCUGAGCCUAAGGAUCCCAGCGAUGACGAUGACAGCGACGAUGAUAUGGCAGUUUAUGACUUGCAUGAGCGCAGUUUCGGUUUGGGUGAGGACAGUCAGUACUUAUCUGCUACUGUACACUAA